AUGCGCGUCAUAGGCCUCACCGGCUCGAUUGCCACGGGCAAGUCGACAUGUUCGCAAACACUCUCUACCCCGCCCUACUCGCUCCCCUUGAUCGAUGCGGACCUCCUUGCGCGCAAAGCCGUUGAACCAGGCACCUGGGGCUACCGACGCAUAGUUGCAACAUUUGGACCGACGACUCCCGACCUCCUGCUACCUGCUUCCGACCCUCAAUGUGGCGGCAAAGAUGACGGGCCGACGGGGAAAGGCAGACCACUGAAUCGACCUGCCCUGGGCAGGCGGGUCUUUGGCAACAGCGAAGAAAGGAUGGCAGAUAGAAGGAAGCUCAACGCCAUUGUGCAUCCGGCGGUGCGGUUCUACAUGGCUCGCGCUAUGCUAUACUACUACCUCCUCGGCCACUGGGCCGUGGUGCUCGACGUCCCUCUCCUCUUCGAAUCAGGCCUGGACAUUUUCUGCAGCACGGUCAUUGUGGUGGCAGUCUCGGACCCCAAGAUACAGAUGCAACGCCUGAGGGAUCGAGACCCCCACUUGUCACCCGAGGACGCGGAGAAUAGGGUGAAGAGCCAGGUCGACGUGCGCGAGAAGGCGACGAGGUGUGAGUACCGGAACAACGGCAACAAACAAGCCGCCAAAGGCUACGUCCUGUACAAUGAUGGUACAAAGGACGAUCUGACACUCCAGAUUGCAGACGUGAUGAGGAAGAUUCGAUCAAGAAGCCCUCGAUGGUGGAGUGUUCUCCUCUUAGUGUGUCCACCACUCAUGGCGACUGUUGCAUCUUGGGAGGUUCUAUGGAAUUGGUGGCUGCGCAAGAAGACCAUCCGAGAGAGAGGCGAAGAACUAGCGAAGACAAAGGUAUAA